CCAAAUCUUAAGCCCAGUCUUGGACAAGCACUCAACGUCCAAUCUUGGAUGAGCACGCGCAGCCUCCGGCCGCGGCGCCUGUCGUCUCGACGGCGUCGGGAGAUUGCUCGAGCCAUCGACGAAGAGCAGAUGCGGCACGCGGACCAAGCAAGCGCGCAGUGCGUCAUCUGCUUGUCGUCCUUCACGGAGCGAGGCCGGCUGCCGACGUGCCCGCACCUCUUCUGUGCGCCCUGCAUCCAGGCAUGGGCUGAUGUGAACAACGCGUGUCCAAUGUGCAAGUUAGUUUUCAGAGUCAUCAUUGUUGAGGAAAUUGCCACAAAGCUCGUGCUGAGGAAGAUUCGCGUCGAGUCGCGAGAGCAGCCUCAGUGGUAUGCGGAUCAGAUGCCAAUACCGGACGAGACUGACGAGCACGAGGAAGACGGCAGCGGGCACGCCGCUCACUCGCCCUCCUUCUUGGAGCAUGAGCACAAUGUAGAAGACAAAAACGAAGACGAAGACGAAGACGAAGACGAAGGCGAGGGCGAGGGCGAAGAUAACGACAAUCACAAACUGCAGCACCGAGGACGUCGCACAAUCGCUCGAGCAACUCGAUUGCCCUCCAUGAGCGAUAGUUCCGCCCCAUGCUCUUCUUCUUCAGAGCAAACCUCUUCCGCUACUGGUGCCGCGGUGUUUGACUUUGAUGUUGAUUUUGAUGACGAUGCUCGUCAUCCUCCGCCCAAAAGAUCCCGUGUCGGUCAUGCGCAAGAUCGAGCGCCUUUGAGAUCCGCGCCAUUCAUGUUUCAGCCGCUAGCGCAUGCCUUUGCGUCAGGCAUGCCGCGUCCGAGAAAGGCCCCUCCACUGUCUGAUAUCGAGGAUAGUGACGGAGACGAUAGCAAUCCCAACCCCGUUGGAUCCAGCUCAGCUGCACCUGCACCGCUAGCACAAUCGUCCAGCUCGCCGCCUCCUCAACUGGCAGCGUCGGGGACUGACGCCGCCGACACUUCGUUCGUAGCUAUCGAGUCCCCUGCUCAUCCGGCACUUGCUCGUUGCCAUCCCCCACACGCACGGGCAAACAGAGCUCCGCUGGCCAAUGUGGGCAACUUGCUUCACAUUGCUCAACAACCGAGCAAGCAGGCCAACAACAGCGCAUGUCAACCCCCGGGCUCGCCAGUGUUUAUCGACUUGAGUUCGACACCCUCUCGUGCUUCUCAGCCGAUUGUUUCACAGUCGCCAUCAAAACGCACUGCGAUGCCGAGGUCAUUUUCAUUGUCGCCGAUCAAAGGCAACGUUCGAACGCUAGUGCCCAGCACGCCCUCGCCUCCAGGGUCACCGGAGGCUUCUUGCCUGCCAUUGACGCCUGCGGCCGUGGUGCUCGUCCCUGACACUCCUCCGUCGCGAAAAAAGCGCGCGAGUGGCGCUGCUCCACCCAUCUUAAUCCAUAGCCAAUCCUUCGGUUCGCCAUAACAGCCGCUCUGAUUUCAGGAUGAAAAUGUUGUGUUGUGUUGUUUGUAUUUCUAGUGAUAAGCUGUAUUAGUACAUUGCGUA